UUAUAGAUAGUCUUCGGAGUUCGGCCCGCUUAUGCACAACACGUAUACCUAUACCCAUACCUUAUACAUACUCAUACUCAAAGAAUCCUAUAUUGCUCGCAAUAGGCUGGCCGGUGUUCGUUCAGCAGAGACUCCGAUAGAGCAGAGUGCGUUAUUCGGAGUGUACGGCAUAUAUUGCGAAGGACAAAUCACGCAAGCCGUGUGUAUAUAAUACGAAUACACACUGAGUCUGAGACUAAGUGCGCGCGCGGAUUAUCAUCCCGCAGGAGUCUUUGGCAUUGACAAAAAGGCGUCGCGGGGCUCUCGGACAGUUUCGGAGCUUGGCGUUAAAUGGGCGAUCUGCCGCAGAGCCAGAGUCGUGUUGACGAGUCGGAAAGAUGGACCAGGCGCCGGCAGAUACCGAACUGCGCAACAUCAUAGAUAAGUUGGCGCAGUUUGUCGCACGCAAUGGCCCUGAGUUUGAACAGAUGACAAAGAACAAGCAGAAGGACAACCCAAAGUUCAGCUUCCUCUUUGGUGGAGAGUACUUUAACUACUACCAGUACAAAGUGACAACAGAGCAAGCCAUUUUAAAACAAAAAGGAAUAAAUCCAAUGCAAAAUGCAGAUCCACGUUUAAAAGUUUCGCAGCAGCAGCAAUCACCAGCAGUAGGUGUCAAUAAUGUUGGCAUGGCUCAAAAUAAUGGUCUAAACUCAGUUAACAUGGGACCUGCCAGCAAUCCCCCCUCUAUGAUGGGCUCAGGCCCACCAAACUCAGGUCACAUGCCUGGACCUCCUAAUGCUGGUCCAGGGCAUUUACCUGGACCCCAUAAUUCAGGUCCUGGGCCACACAUACCAGGUCCUCAAAAUUCUAUCGGUAGAUCAUCCGGUUGGCUUCAGAAUGAACUGGCCAGUCUUCAGUCGCAGCAGACAACAUUGCAGGACCAGGUUCGUCAAUCGGAACAGAAUUUAGCUGCUCAGCAUGCUGCAUUGAUGGCACAGCAGCAAGGAAGAGUUGAGGAUGCAGUGCGACAAGCACAAGAGAAUAACCUACAGAGCAACGCACAAACCACUAAUACAGAUUUGGCUGCUUUUGAAGCUGUUUUGCAGCCAAUUAUAGAUACUUGCACUAAGGAUAGCAUUAGUGCAGGAAAGGCAUGGAUACUUCAACACUCUAAUACUCUUGAAAGUAAUCAAGUAGUUGCAGAGCAUCUACUUAAGAGAGUUAUUCAGGAAACCACUUUUACUCAUAAACUUCAUAUUAUUUAUCUCGUAAAUGAUGUAUUGCAUCAUUGUGCUCGAAAAAAAUCAUUGGAGUUAAGAAAAGCAAUGGAAAGUGUUGUGGUACCAAUGUUUUGUAAUGCAUCAUUAGCUGCUACAGAGGAGCAGAUUGUCAAAUUGAAUAAGCUUUUAAGUUUAUGGGAGUCGAAGAAUAAUUAUUUCGAGGAAGGCAUCAUCGAGAAACUGAAGAAUCCUAGCAAAUCGUGGUCAGAUUAUCAGGCGAGCGUUAUGACACAACAUGCGAAUGCUAUUUCGUCUAUCGCCGCCACUACGAAGCAGACAUUUGAUAAUUACCAAGCUCAGCAUCAAGCAUUUGUCAAUCAUGCAAUGAGGCAAAUACAAUCUAUAGAGCAACAAAAGAUUGUUCUAGACAGGCAACUUAAAGCUCCGCCGCCCCCCGCAUCAAUGAAUCAGCAGAACGUGCCACCUCAUGGAGGACCGCCACCGCAACACGGAGGUCCACCUCAUGGUGGUCCACCGCCGCAACAUGGAGGUCCGCCACCUCCGCACUCCGGCAUAGGGCAGCAGCAUGGUGGUCAUUCCCUUGACGGCCCACCUCAUGAUCGAGGAGGACCGCUCUACGGAGGUUCGCCACACGAUGGAGUUCCGCCCUUUGGAGGGCCACCCCCACACGACGGUGGCCCACCCUAUAGAGGAUCUCACCACGAUGGAGGAGGUCCACCCUAUGGAGGCCCACCCCACGAAGGAGGUGGCCAGCCAUACGGAGGUCCACCACCUCACGAUGGGCCACCAUACGGGGGACCACCACCGCAUCAUGGUGGCCCGCCACCUCACGGUAGUCCGCCUCACGGUGGUAUGUCGCAUGGAGAUUAUCCACCACACAGAGGUCCACCACAUUCUGGGUCGCCUCACGGAGGACCACCUCACGGAGGACCACCUCACGGAGGGCCACCUCAUGGAGGACCACCUCAUGGGGGUCCACCACAUGGGGGACCACCUCAUGGAGGACCACCUCAUGGAGGGCCACCCCACGGUGGGCCACCUCACGGAGGGCCACCCCACGGUGGGCCACCUCACGGAGGGCCACCCCACGGUGGGCCACCUCACGGAGGGCCACCCCACGGUGGGCCACCUCACGGAGGGCCCCCUCACGGAGGACCACCGCAUGGAGGAUCACCUUACGGAGGCCCCCCUCCACACGGGGGACCGCCGCACGGGGGUCCACCGCUGGGUGGACCUAUGCAACAUGGCGGGCCACCGCACGGUCCACCACGAGAACUUGCUGCAGGGAUGGGGCCACCUCACGGAGGUAUGCCACCUCACGCUGGUCCAAUGGGCCAUGGCGCUCUACCACCUCACGGAGGAGGGCCACCACCUCACGAUGUAAACUUUAGUCAACCUCCGCCAGGCUGGAACGGACCACCAGGCACAGGACCUGGAGGUCCACUUGGUGCGGACCCGUUUACGCAUUUACCACUGCCAGAUUUCUCGAGGCCACCGCCGGGCUUUGGGCCGCCGCCGGCGCCGCAGCAGCAGCCACCACCUUUGAUGUCCCAGGAGAUCUGUCUGGAGGAUCUGAUGCCUAGCAUGCCUUACUUUGAGUUGCCUGCCGGAUUAAUGGUGCCGCUUAUCAAACUUGAAGACUGCGAGUACAAGCCUCUCGAUCCAGAGGCAAUCAGAUUACCACCGCCUGCGCCGCCUAGUGAUAGACUACUUGCUGCAGUUGAGGCGUUCUAUUCGAUGCCCAAUCACGACACUCCCAGAGACAGAAGUGAUGGUUGGGAAAAGCUAGGAUUAUACGAAUACUACCGGGCGAAGAACGAAGCUAAGAAAAAGAAGGAAGAACAGAUCAUGUGUGGUUUAAGGGAAAAGUCAAGAUCGCCAUCACCAAUAGUCCGGCCGCGCUCGAAGAGCCCAAGUCCACCAAAGAAACGCUAUAAAAGCAAGUCUAGGAGUCGAUCGCGGUCUCGGUCACGAGGCAGGAGUAGAUCAAAGUCACCACCACCGACUCCAAAUCACCGACCAAACAACCGUAAUCAGAAUCACAAUAGUCGUAGUCGAAGGAGACGGAACAGCAAUAAGGGUGGGCAGAGUGGUGACCAGGCACAACAGCCACCUCCGACGCCGCAUAGGGGUAAUGGCUCGCCUGAUAGAAGAAUGGAUCGAAGUGAUAGGAGUCCUACUCCGCCUAGUUUCUUGGGCUCAAUGUACAGCAAAGCUAAUCAAGAUAUGGGACUUGAUGAAAGUAACAAAGGCCACCAACUCUUACGAAAAAUGGGCUGGGGUGGAGCUGGCCUGGGUGCGAACGAGCAGGGGAUUGAGGCUCCCAUCUCCGGAGGUGAGAUACGCGACCGCACGGAUAUGUACAAAGGCGUGGGUGUGAACCUUAAUGACCCUUAUGAAAACUUCCGUAAGAGCAAAGGCCAGGCUUUCAUCACGAGGAUGAAAGCGAGGGCAGAAGAACGAGCAGAAGAGAGAGGCGAUCGAGAUUAAAGUAGUGACUGUGAGAAGGUGACAUUAGAUACAGACAAUUUUUACAAACGGUGUGUGCAUUUAACUUUGCGCAGAGAUACAAAGACAAAACUAAAGACACAUGUGAGUGCCACCAUCGUGUGAAUAAUGGUUACAAGGGUAUUAUUAUUGAAUACCCUUAUGAUAAUGCAAAAAUUUCAAGAAAUUUUUAUAUUAAGGUAUCUGAGAAAAAUGAAAGCGAAUUUUUGAGAUUCUAGGAUAGAGUUUGUUUAUUCUAACUAGUUUUACGAGGAAGAAAGCUUCAAUGUAGAUGGGAAUGAUUACAGUGAUUUAUGAAGCAAGUGAUUUUUCGAUUUGUUUACAAGCUUUACCUUGUUAAUAUCCAAUGAAUUUUCGUACGUGUUUGUCCGUUUUUAUGAAUUGUUAUUCUUUUUAAAAUUCUCGACUAUUGCGUGAAACCACACGAUGAAUUGUAGAAAUACUAUAAACCAGAAUUAUGCUUCGGCUGCUCUUCAAUAUUACAUGUAAGUUUGUUGAUAAGAUUGUCCGGUAUACAAAGUUGUAUAACAGGAAAUUUCCAAUAUUCUUUCUGUAUUAUUUGUACCUCGUUACCUCAUGUUUCGUUAAUACAUGCUCCGUUUAUAAUGAUUAAUCGAUUAAUCAUUGUUAAAAAGUCGGGAACCAUGCUUGAGCAAUGAAAAAUCAAUGCUAAAGAACUUGCAUGCACGAGAUCGCACGAAUGAACUUGUAUUUAUAGAUUUAAUGAUAAUUAUAUUGAAUACAAUGUAACUAGACUCAAAAAAUAAAAAAAUCUGUACAUUUCGUAAAUCAAUAGACUUUUCUUACCAAAA